GGACUGGUCUCCCUGGUACCAAGAGCUGGUCAGCAGUGAGGAAGCAGUCACAUACUCCUGUGCUGUCAAAGGCUACGAGGAUCUCAGAGCCCCUGAAGUCUCAGUGGAUUCAGUCACUCCAACCUGCUUCAGUGUGACCUACGCUGAAGGGAGAAUGUGUUCUCAUAACCAGACAUCAGUAGCUGAGUCCUGCUCCAUCACAUAUCCCAGAGCUUACGAAGUAAAUGUUCAAAGGAAUUCAAAUGAGUCAUCAGUUGCAGUGUCCUGUACCACCAGCUGUCCAGUGUCUGACCUUCAGACCGACUAUAGGUGGUACCAGAACCGACAGCUCAGUGAUACAAGAAAGAGUCAAGAGUUUUCAGUAUCUCCUACAAAAAGUUUAUCCUGUGCUGUAAAAGAUCAAGACCAUCUGCUGUCUCCUGAAGUCUGUCCAGAUGAGGAGAACUGUUGGACUGUGAAUUAUAUCAGCAGGAGAAUCUGUGCUCUGAAAGGAUCUUCAGUGAACAUUUCCAGUGAAUACUCUCAUCCCCACAAGAAGAAGCCAGAGUCUAAAUCAUGGUAUAAAGUAGAAACAAGUGGUGAGCAGCUGAUUGAGGAUGCCGGUCGUGUGGUGUUUCAUGACAACAAGAAGAACCAACACGUUCUGACAAUUAAAAACCUGAAGAAGGAGGACUCAGCAGAAUACAAAUUCAGACUCCAGGGAGAUGAUGAAGAAAGGAAACGGGAUGAUGUUCCUGGAGUCACUUUGGUUGUGACAGGCCUCAAAGUGCGGCUGCGACCUGCAGUGGUGACAGAGGGUGGGAGAGUCUCUCUGACCUGUGGGACCAGCUGUCCUCUACCUACUAACACAAACUACAUUUGGUAUUUCAACAAUCGACCUCUGAAUCUGACAAACAACCAAAACAAACACCUGUUUCUAGACCCAGUCAGCAGUCAGGAUGCAGGAAACUAUUAUUGUUGUAUCAAAAAUGGCACUAAAAGUACCUGCUCCAGUGAAAAGACUCUCACCGUCCAGAGAACAACAGGAACAUCAGCAGUCGCUACAGGAGUCAGUGCUGCUCUUUUGGUUUUGAUACUUCUUGUUUUCAUCUACUGGUUUAGCAGAAAGAAGAAGAGGACUUCAGUUCAGGUUCCCACAACUGAAGCUAAAGACAAUACGAGACAGUUAAACAAUGACCACGAUGAGCUUCACUACAGCGAGAUCCAGUUCACCAAGAACCAGACAGAUAACAUCCAGCCACGUCGGGUCAAGGGAGAGGAGCAAGCCACUUAUACUGUUGUCAGCUUUAGACCCAACACAAACCCUGAGUGAGCUUAUUUUAGCACAACAACUUAAGAGACCCAGGAAAUGACUGAGCUUUGCAGAUGAAAGCAACAUGCAUUGAUACAUCUGUCAGUGAAGGAGACAGCUUUUUGAAUGUAUUUUACGCUUCUUUUGCUAAACAGAAUGAACCGAUUUAUUAAAUGUGACACAGCAAAAACUUAAAGAGGUCAUAAGACCAGAAAGACUUGCAGUGUUAAGAGUGAAACAUGCUCUGGCUUGUAUGUGUAUUUUAUUGUGGUCAUAAUUUCAAGUAUAACAUAAAUAAAAAUAGAAAAAAAAAUGUUUUACAUACACAUCAACUGUUAAGAAAGACAGACUUUGUAUUGGUACAAUGGUUAAAAUGGCAGAGAAUUAAGACUUAAACCUAAAAAUGGAUAUUGUUGAAACUGUUUAACAACAAAGUUGAUCUUGAUGCUACAAACAUUUCUAGAGCCUCUUCCACCAUUCACCAUUUAGUUAGAUUAAAUUAAUGACUUUUUUUUUGCUACAUAUCAAAAUCAGAUU